AUGGGAAAGAAAAUGCACGCGAAUGACACUUUCCGAAACCGACAGAGAACGACUUUCUGCAUCAUUUAUAUACUUCUAUUCCUUGCAUCUUUCAAAAGAGACAACGCGCUUCAAUCGCUCAUAAACCUAACAUUACAGCCUCAUAGCUAUGAAAACCCGUCGCAACUGAACUUUGCACCAUUUCAGGACCGUCACUCUUCCCCACGUCGCGUGUCGCAUCCGACGGAUGGCAUGACUUCGUUAUCAACUUCUUACACAGCAGCAUUAGCAGCAAAUACUAAUCCGGCACGACAUGAACGCUAUGCUGCUCAUAUCCCAGUGAACAAAGGCGACAACAGUGGUCGGCAAAGCACAGCCAGUCAAGACAGUCAACAAAGGUUGGUCAGAUUUACUCAACAAAUUUUUUUGUAACA